UGAAAGGGAUUCAGUCUGCGCAGUUAUUCAGUAAAUAUAAUCCAGUCUCAGUGCUUUGGAGGAACCCUAUCAUCCUCCUCCCCCCUCCUCCCAUAGAGGAUGCAGGACAGAGUGAGUGGUCCUGAGCUCUGACUCUGACGGCACAGACAAGUGGCCGCGACCAUCACGAGGACCCUCAGAAAUCACGCCCUGGGAUCCGAUUUCUUUGAUUUUGUUUGUCUGGCUCUUCCCUCCAAAUCCUUCACACAUUUCUUCUGACUCAUGACAGCAUGACGGAACUCGGACUUGCACAUUUGGGAUAAUUAAAUAAUGGUUCGCUUCAAAUGUACAUUUCCACGGAGCUGCAGCUGAGGUUUCAUUCAAAGUCCGACGGGAUUCUCACAGCGUGAUGGAUACAAAUGAGUUCGCAGUACUGAAACUUUUUGUUGUUGGGCUUUUGGUCAAUGCCUGGAUGAUGAGAGGGUUGUCAGCCACGGACAGUUUCCACAUUGAGCCCACUACCCCUCAGCCGAGGAAAGCCUGCAAUGAGUCCCGUCUGCAGUGGGAGGUGGAGGUCUGUGGAGAGGACUUCAAGCGUGACAUGGGUCACAUAGAUCCACAGUACUGGUGUAACCUCACACACUUCAUCAGUGAGUACCACCUCUUCACACUCUGCACAGAGACAAAGUCCCACAUCGUCCACUGCUACUGGCCCAAUCCGCUGGUGGAGGGCUACAUCAUCCGCAUCCACAAGCACUUUUUCUCUAACUGCACCAUGGAGCAGGUGGUAUGGGUGGACCCACCGGACGACACGCUAACCAUCCUUAUCCUCAUCCCUGUUUUCCUCACAUUGGCCAUGAUUGCUCUGGUGGUCUGGUGCAGCAAGAGGAGUGAUAUCCUGGCUUAAAAGAAGAGGAAGAUGGAAGAGGAUUGAGAAGGGCAGGAGAAGGACUGAGUUCAAGGUCCCAACCUCUCCACUAAAACAAUACUGUACUAAGGAGUGCACAGAGGUUUUGGGAGAUUGCUUCAGUUGAUCAAAGUACCCCAUAAGUAGUGCCAUAAACCACCUAAACGUCCUGUGAAAAUGAUUGUAUUUUCUUUAAAAUUUUUAUAUAUUAUGUGUAAUUUUUCAUUUCUGACAUUGACCCACUAUCACUCAACAUGUUCAACAGGUCUUUUUACCACAGAAUUUGACUGUGCUGUUGCACAUCUGAUGUAGAAUUUUGGGUAAAUAUGCUUAUUUGCUUUCUUGCAUGGUAAAUAUGUAGCUGGAGCCAGCAGUUUGUUAGCUUAGCUUAGCAUAAAGACUGGAAACACUCAAUAGUAUAGCACAUAACCCCCCAUAAAACCAUGUGUCCCUUUUACACUUUGUUUUUUUUUUUUUGGUUUUGUAAGGAUUAAACACACAAGAUAAAACAUGUUAAUUAGUGAGCUUUAUAGGUGGAUUUUGUUACCUUUGAAUAGAGCCAGGCUAGCUGUUUGCCUUUGUUUCCAGUCUUUAAGAUAAGCUAAACUAACCAGCUGCUGACUGUAACUUCUUAAGUAGCUUACAGGCAUGAGAGUGGUAUCAAUCUUUGUAUUUAAGCCUCGACAAGAAAGCGAAUAAGCCUAUUUCCCUAAUUGUAUAACUAUUCCUUCAAAACACAGAGGAUUUUGGUCAUUUGACGAUUUUAUCACUUAUUCGGUAACUUGACCAGUGGCACAAUCAACCAAAUCUUGGUGCAUUCUUUAAAGCUCAUGGAUGUGGACCGCUGAUCUCGGAGAUUCUUGUCAAAGCACUGUACCGUUGCUGAAGAUCGAAGUAUCCACCAAGCAUCAGAGGCAGUGACUGGAUGGGAAAUGAAACUCCCAGAGGACACCAUUUGUUAAAUAUUUUAACAUGAUACUGUAUGAUGGCUUGGAUACAAAAAGAAGCCAAAUUUGGACAUUAUAUUGAUUCUGUAAGAUUUACCUUACUGUUAAGUUACUCAAUGGACUGUCACCACUGGAAAGGAUACACUGGUGUGCAACCCAAAGACAAGGCAACACUAUGAUUCAUAUAUUUUGGGACUUGAAUUUCUUGUGUGACUACCUGAGCCUCAAGGGACUGUUUUAUAACAGCGUAACUUAUCCGAUACUGAAUAAAAUACUGUUAAUACUCACAAAGAGGGGUUCUCAAUGGAAACAAAAAAAAUGAACUGAUAUUGAGACCUCAUUGUACAGUUAUGCUCUCUGUCCGUGCUGUCUACUGUAACUGCAUUGCCUCUCCAGUGUUACUUAGAAGAGUAAGAAAUACACACUGAAAUUAAUUCCUUUGGGGAUAGGCUUGAUUUAAUGUACACACUUCAUUGGUUCUUUGAACCACAGUCCUCACCAGCCACGAGGCAAACUAAACCAAGCACUGCUUUUUUAUUUUCUUCCAAAGCGUAAGGCAUCAAACUCACUUCUCACCUGCACACUUUUGUCUAUGGAAACUGAAACUCCUCAGCAAAAGUAACUUAAUUAAAUCUCUCUUAAAAUAACUGGUUGCUCUCCUUCAUUACAUGAGCAAAGCAAGUACAAAGAAAACAAACACUUUCUAAUAUAUCUGUGAAUUGAUGUUUGAGUGUUUUGCAAAACCAGACCCAUCUGCUAUCACCUUCUGUUUAUUUGUUUCACAGUCAGACUAGGGUGGGAUCACACCAGUCUUGCUUAGUAUAGUUGAACCAAACCCUGGAGCAUUUACCCCCUAGGUACAGUUUGUUUGGGUCGGUGUGAACGCUGGACUCAAACUCUGGUGCGGAACAAACAACCGCCUCGAAGGGGUGGUCUCGGACCGCUGUCAAGUGAACUCUGGAGUGGUUCAUUUCUGGUGUGAACAGCAUUCGCACCAAUCACAUGAAGCUUACCAUUGUAUGUGUAAUUUUAUUGGCAAAAAAACCUCUUCCUGUUUUGGUAACUGGUGAAUUAGUAUCACGUUUGCUACCAAAAUGACUGGCAAAUGCAAACAAGUCGUGGUAGGAUCUCAUCAGAACCAGCUGUCUGAUGGCCGACCGUCUUCCUCGAAAUGCCUGCAUUAAAUUAUUCAAUACGAAUGGUAAUGGUCUUACGAGACGUUCAUAUGCAUGGUCCUCUAAAGUCUGCUGAUAUGCACUCCAGAUUAACAUCAACAUUAAAAGAAUCUGACGCUGCUCCACGAUAUCUAGGUAGAAAUUUGGAUGGGUUUGUUGUCUUUUUACCCGUAGACUGUAUGACCAAUAAUCGAACAACAUUUCCACCACAUGGCAUUUAUUUACAAUUUCUGGACUGUUUGAGUUUUGCCUUUGUGAACGUAAACCGGACCAGUUUGAAACUUGUAAAAGCUUAUCAUCUUUGCAUUGGUUUGAUUCAGGGACUGGACCUAAGAUACCAGCAUAAACCCAGUGAAAAUAUAUACAAUGCCAUUGGACUCUACUGGCCUCCUUACAUUGUAUUUUACCAGGUUGGAUUUGACAAUAUUGCUUCAUGGCAUAAAGAUUAAAACGGGACACUGAUGAUCUUCUUCAAGAGGAAGCUAAAUGAAAGUGAAAAUUUGCCAGAGCGUAACAUGUCUCUCAUCUCAUCUGGUGUCAAUUAAAGAAUCAAGUACAAACCUUAAAGUUAUAAUCGUUAAGGUUUUCAUAAAAUCAGACCCCAUUUUUGACACUAUUUAUGGUCUGCAUUUUUCUCCAUCAGCCAUUCAAUGUAUUUUCAUUCUGUAAUUACCUCUCUAUAUAGUAGUUUUCAUUGUUAGUGACAGAGUCCGCCAUUCCCGUGCUGGAUUCAGACAGCCUUCCAUUGCAUGAAGGAUUCACAGAAAACAAUGCAUGUAUGUGAACUUUAUGUCUGGAAUGAUGUAAAGGCUACCACGAGAUGACUCCUGUAUGUUUCUAGUAAUUACAGUAUAGCACAUGAUAUCAAACUGAUAGUCACAUGCACAAAUUUUAAAAUGCUACUCCCUCCACCUCAUGAGUAAAUCUUUUCUUUAGUUUUCCACUGAAGACUCCUUUCCACUGAAGACCCCUGUCUGGGCUGAAGCCCAGCACAGGGGUCAUGAGGUCAAGCAUGAUUCAAAACCGUUUAAAACAAACACUCACAUGCUCCACAUUCAUUAAGUAUCAUGAUUUAUCACAUGUGUUUCCUCCAUGAAACAAUUCCUCCUGGAGUUUGUCUGCUUUGAAGUGCAAAAGGUGCUCCACCCACCUGAGCAGCCCCUGCUUACAAAUAAAAACCUGCCUGGUUAUCUAAUUCAU